UGUCACUUCACGCAGCAGCGCGAGGAAGCCGCUCGUGAGCGAACAUCAUUGUCCUCGUUCUGCGCGCGCUCCUCAUUUACAGCCUCCUUCCAGCUAAAAAGAGGAAAACACCUCUGCGCUUGUCUUCACUCCUUUUUAAACACGAUGUUUUACAGUAGCCUGACACAGAUACCACCAGCUACUUUUUCGUUCAGUUUUUUCAUGGCUACACCUUAAAACAUUUCUUUUAAGAACAUUCGCGUCUUUAUUUUUUCACAAAAAACAAACAAGCAAACAAACAAACAAUGCCUGAGUUCAUAUCUGUGGACGAGUUCAUCGCCGAGACUUUGGAGGACUACAGUUCUCCAACAACCUCUUCCUUCAUCACCAAAAUGACAAGUUGCCGGAAUUCCGUGAACAAUAUUGAAGAGGCUUUGGAUUGUGACCGUACAGUGUUGCAGAAAAUGAAGAAAGCUUCCAAAGCCAAGUAUGCCUCUGGUCAAGACCACAUAUCACAUUUGGAGCUGUAUAUCAACUCCAUGGAGAAGCUAGCUGUCAAUUUCCGCAACAACGGAGAGCAGGAAGUGGCUUCUGCCUUUAAUAAGUUUGCUGAAUUCUCCAAAGAGCUGCUGACACCAAUGAAGAACUUGUUAAAGAGCAUGCUCCACAAUGUCAACUUCUUCCUGGACUCAUUGGUUAAAGGGGAUUUGAAAGAGGUCAAAGGUGAUCUGAAGAAGCCAUUUGACAAGGCAUGGAGGGAUUAUGAGAGCAAAUUCAAUAAGAUAGAGAAGGAGAAGAGAGAGCUGGCAAAACAGUAUGGCAUGGUGAGGACAGAGGUGAGCGGUGGAGAGAUUGCCGAGGAGCUAGAGAAGGAACGAAGAAUGUUUCAGCUGCAGAUGUGUGAGUACCUCAUUAAAGUGAAUGAAAUUAAGAGCAAGAAAGGUGUGGAUCUGCUCCAGAACCUCAUCAAGCACUACUACUCCCAGGGCAAUUUCUUUCAGGAGUGCUUGGCUGCCACAGAGAAGCUGAAGCAGUACAUUGACACACUCAAUGGAAAACUCAGCUCUAUAAAGCAUAAUCAGGAUGAAGAGAAGAGGCAGCUGUUUUCUCUCAGGGACCAGCUAAGACCUGCAUUGCAGCCUGAACUUAAGGAGGACUCUUUAUGUAAACAGACUGUGUACAGCAUGCACCAACUUCAAGGCAACAAGCAAUAUGGAACAGAGAAAUCAGGCUACCUCUAUAAGAAGAGUGAUGGGUUGAGAAAGAUGUGGCAGAAAAGAAAGUGCACAGUGCAGAACUGCUAUCUCACCAUCGCUCACGGAACUCCAAAUAAAUCACCAGCCAAACUGAACCUCCUGACCUGCCAGGUCAAACCCAGCCUGGAGGACAAGAAAUGUUUUGACCUCAUCUCUCAUAACCGCACUUAUCACUUUCUCACAGAGGAUGAGUCUGACUGUGUAGCGUGGAUUUCAGUGCUAACCAACAGUAAGCAGGAGGCACUGAAUGUGGCUCUGGAUGAGCACAAACAGAGUGGAGGAAGCAGUGUGGAGGAUCUGACAAGGGCAAUCACAGAGGACAUCCUCCGCAUGCCGGGUAACCAGGUCUGCUGCGACUGCGGUGCUCCAGAUCCUACAUGGAUCUCUACAAACCUGGGCAUCCUGACGUGUAUUGAAUGCUCAGGGAUCCAUCGGGAGAUGGGCGUCCAUUACUCUCGCAUCCAGUCCCUCUCUCUGGAUAAAUUGGGCACUUCUGAACUCCUGCUAGCGAGAAAUGUAGGGAACUCAGGGUUUAACGAAAUUGUGGAGGCCAAUCUCCCCAGUCCAUCUAUGAAACCGUCUGCAGAAAGUGACAUGUUGAUACGUAAAGAGUUCAUCCUGGCUAAGUAUAUAGAGAGUCAGUUUGCUCGGCGGAGUGUCGGUUCCCCUGACACCCUGCGCAGGCGAUUGCAGGAGGCCCUACAUGCACGAGACAUCUUCAGCCUUCUGCAGCUGUACACAGAAAAACUCAACCUCAGCCUGCCUGUGCCCAGCCCACUGCAGGAAAAACAGGAGACUGCACUGCAUCUGGCCGUCUUAUUGGCUGACCGGACCUCACUGCACAUGGUGGACUUCCUGGUACACAACUGUAAUAAUCUAGAUGCGCAGACUGUGAAGGGAAACACUGCACUGCACUACGGCUGUCUGCACAAUAAAACGGAGUGCCUGAAGCUCCUGCUGAAGGCCAAAGCCAACACACUUAUCAAAAAUGAAAAUGGUGAGACAGCCCUGGAUAUCGCUCGAAGACUGAAGCACACUCACUGUGAAGAGCUGAUCCAGCAGGCUCAGAAUAACCAGUUCAACAUGCACAUUCAUGUUGAGUACGAGUGGAGACUGCGGCAGGAUGACUGGUACGAAAGUGAUGAUGACCUGGAAGAUAAGUCAGGUCCUGUGAAAAAGGAUCGCUUUGUCCGUCCAUUCAGUGUGUACCACAGCAUCAGUUCAUCUCAUAAUCGCGGCGGUGGAGGAGGAGGAGGAGGAAUAUUCAGUGUAGGCCGAAGGCUGCCUCUGUCACGAAACGAGAAUAAGCGGGAAAUGUAUGCUGUUCCCAGCCCACAGACACGUAGCUUGGACAGUCCUCCACCUCCUCCACCAUCUUCACCAGCACCUCCUCUGCCCCCAAGAGUGAGAGCACCGAACAUCCCUCCCCCUCCCCCUCCUGUGAGUCCACCAGAUGGCUGGAGUGAGGUCGGUCUCAGUACAAAGAGAACUCCUCCUCCUCCUCUAGUGAUCCGACAUAAGCGGACCUACUCUGAGCCCUCACCCCAGGUUUCUCCCAGCCCCCGUGGAGACUGCUGCCCUGCAAAUGCUGAUUACGGAGUGCCGGCAAGUCCUCAAGGCUUUAGUGUUCAAGACUCAUCUUUCCAGAAAUGUGGCUCAGGGUCUCCAAAGUACACUGCGCCAGUGACGGCCCUCAACGCACUGUCUGAGCUGCCAGAAAGAAGCUUUCAGGCAGAUGGUGAAAGCCAUACGUCCCACUUCCUGUAUUCAACUGUGCAGAGCGGCAGAAGCUUGGCGCGACAGGGCCCAGCUCUCUCCCCCACCUCCCCUCGCUCUCUCAGCCUGGACUCUAAUGGCAGCUCCUCAUCCUCCUGCCUUAGCACCCCACACCCACUGCCCAGACGAAACCUGAUGAAGUCGAAGCUGAGACGGGUGAAAGCCAUGUAUGACUGUGUGGCUGAUCAUCAUGAUGAACUUACCUUCAGUGAGGGAGACGUACUGGUGGUUCUAGAAGAAGAAGACACCGAUUGGUGGCAUGGCUACAUUGAGGGACAGCCAAACAAGUGUGGCCUGUUUCCUGCAUCUUUCGUCUCCAUAUUGUCUGAAUGACACAGGGCAAAAGAGAUCAAGACAUGGCAAGAAAGUGAAGUGCCCUGUGAAUCCAGUCGUGAGCAUGGGCUUCCAGGUGGUGUCAGCUGAUAUCAGAGUUCAAAGCACACAACUGUCAAUCAUUCCAGAUUCAUAUGUCAGUUGGCUUAUCUCCUGUUUUUUUUUUGGCAAGAAAAAGCAUAUUGGCAUAUUUUGAGUGCUAACAUGAACUAGCUUACUCAGAUGUUAAAUUGCGGCACUCCUACUCAAAAUACAUGAAGGUUAGCAGGUCUGGUAAUAUCAUAUAAUCGAUGUAAACGUCCCUGGAUAUUGUGGCAGUGUAAAAUCUUAUAAAAUCUAAUAGACAAUUAAAUUGUCAUAUCUCACAAGCCUAGAUUAUGCCCUUGACACAGCGCUAAGUUUCAUCAUGUAUGAUUAUGCAAGUCCAAAGAUGAGAUCAUUAGUCAUAUAAGGGAAAAACAGUGAAGUCACCUGAAUUGUGAUUUUUAACCAUACACAACUAAAAAUUGUCUCAUGAUAACUCAGUGAUGUCUUUAAUUGCAUAUAUGCAUUAAAUUAAAGGAUUAGUUUUAUGUGAACCAGUUUUUGUUUUAGGGCCAUUCAAUUGUAAACUCAUCACCUCAGCUCAAAGAAAUGUAGUUUUUAUGGAUGAUGGUGUAGAAAGGAUACUGUGCUAUCAAGCUUUCCUAAUGGGUAAACAGGACCCACUGAUUACACAAAUUUGAGAUAUUUUUCAACAGAUCUGCCUAAAACGAGGGUGUCCAUUCUUAACCACAAAGGGCCAGUGUGGGUGCAGGUUUUCUUUCCAAUCAAGCAGGAGCCACACCUGAUACCUCCUGUUUAAUUAGUUGACCUUGGCUUUCAACAGACUAUCAGUUGUGGCUUCUGCUUGGUUGGAAUGUUAACCUGCACCCUCACCGGCCCAUUCUGGAUAAGAUUGGACAGCCCUGGCCUAAAACACCUCAAAAAUAUGCUUUGAACUGGUUUCUUAAAAUCUGAUUUAAAAAAAAAAACAAUGCUCUUUUUCUGAAAAUAUGUGAUUUUUUUACACACUUGGAGACAGGAA